AUUCAGGCCCCGCAGUCCAGUGAGCCGAGGCCGGACGAAUGGCAAGUUGGGCAGCGCGCUCCGGGGGACACCGACCCCCGUGCUGGAAAUUUCCAACCAAAACCCCAAUGCCUCGAGGGCGCACCCAAACAAACUGGCUCCGCCUCCUUCCUCCCCACCCCCGGCCUCCGCCGCUGCCUUCUUUUCCUCGUGCGCAUAUUCGCUUGCAGCGGCGCCGACACCAUUUCAUAAACACCGGAAACGCGCGCGAAGUGAGGAGCAGCACCAAACGCCCCUCUGCUUCUCCUCUAUUUCUCCCUCUUGCGGAGCCGCCUCUUGUGUGUAGGGGUGUGUCGAGUCUAUGGCGGCGGCGGCGGAUACCUCGGAGGCGUCUGCGGCCGGGAUCGCGCUUGCGGAGGCCAAUAUCAACUGGGAGAGGUUGGACAAGACGAGGUUUCAUGUGAUUGGAGCUAUCCUGUUUACGGCCCAGCAAGGUGCUCUGCACCCAACAGCUGUUGUGAAGACUAGGAUGCAGGUUGCUGAAGGGCGGCUUGCACGUAUGUCUGGGUUUACUGUUUUUAGGAGGAUAUUGAGAAGCGAUGGAAUCCCUGGUAUUUUCAGAGGAUUUGGCACCUCUGCUGUUGGAGCUCUACCUGGGCGAGUGCUAGCUCUAACAUCACUGGAGAUAUCUAAAGAAAUGACAUUUAAGUAUUGUGAACAUUUUGAUAUGUCAGAGGCGUCACGAAUUGCUGUAGCAAAUGGCGUUGCAGGCCUGAUGUCGAGUAUCUGUUCAUGUUCAUAUUAUGUGCCUCUGGAUGUGAUUUGCCAAAGGCUCAUGGUUCAAGGAGUGCCAGGGAUGGCAACGUACAGGGGACCAUUUGAUGUGAUAAAUAAGGUUGUCAGAACACAGGGGAUCCAGGGGCUUUACCGAGGUUUUGGAAUCACUAUGUUGACUCAGUCGCCAGCUUCAGCCCUUUGGUGGAGUGCAUAUGGUGGUGCUCAACAUGCUAUUUGGAGGAGUUUGGGUUAUGGAAAUGACUCAUCAACAAAACCAUCUCAAUCAGAACUUGUUGCUGUCCAAGCAACAGCAGGAACAAUUGCUGGUGCUUGCUCGUCGAUUAUCACCACUCCAAUAGAUACAAUCAAGACUAGGCUUCAGGUUAUGGACAACUAUGGUAAUGGUAGGCCUUCUGUCAUGAAAACUACCAGGCUGCUGCUUGAUGAAGAUGGCUGGAGGGGGCUUUAUAGAGGUUUUGGACCCAGGUUUCUUAACAUGUCUCUCUGGGGCACAUCAAUGAUCGUGACAUAUGAGCUCAUAAGUAGGCCAUUUUUUAGUAAGUCGAUUGCCUAUAUAUUUCUGUCUGGAAGGUCAUUUAACUUUUUUCUUCUUUCAUAUUUGGAACCUGCAGAGAGGCUAUCUGUGAAGUCGGAAUGACACGUUUUGGCAGAUUCUCAACUGAGUUGAUUUACUGUUCAGUAUCAUCUUUAUGAAUACAGGCAAUCAAGUUAGUUUGCCUCGCUAAAAGUAUAGGCCAGUAUUAUGAUAGGGUAGGAUGCAGAAUUAUGGUUUAGUUACAUAAUAACAUCCUUCUGUAGGACUCGUGAUGUAUAUAUUUGUGCUAAAGACCCUCCUUUCAGGAUGUUGUAGGCUUGUAGCCAGCUUCUUUAGGAUGCAACAGAUGGAGGCCAAGAUACAUGUUGUGUCUAAUGAGGCACAUUGUAGCUGUAGCUGUAGCUGUUCAUGGUGCAGCAAAAUUUUGGCAGAGUUCUGCGUCCUUUUCGUUCAGUGACCAGCUCUCCAGUUGUUGUCGUCCAACUUACAUUUUAGAAUCUACAGAGAUUGUGUUCGUCAUUGA